GCCCAUUAAUAAAGUAUCAACAGAAAACAACAUUUUGUUCCCGUAUGUACAAUGUCUCGCAUCGUGAGGAAUUGGCGGGAAGCAGCUACCUUGAUGCUAUGUACACUUAGAAGCAACAACUCGAAAUCUUACAAUGACAAAGCUACGUGCAGCUUAAAAAAAUGUGGCACUGUGCCACACAAGAACUUCUUGAAGCAGGAAACGGACAGUCGCAGUGUUGAUAUUUUGAUGUUAAAACGAAGUAGCCAAAGCCAGUUUCUUCCCAGUGUAUAUGUCUUUCCGGGAGGAAUUUCACAUGACAGUGAUUUUUCACAGGAGUGGAUCGGACUGUUCAAUUCCUGUGGGCAACACUUAAAUUUUGACAAGUUUAUUUUGUCUAAUCAAAAACCCUUUGAAGAAAAUAGGCCUGAUGAAUCAGUCUUUACUAGAAAGCGCAAUGUUGUUUCAGGUGUUCCUGGAGAAGUUGGUAUACGAAUAUGUGCAAUUAGGGAGACGUUUGAAGAAUCGGGUGUCCUCAUUGCUAAACAUGUCGAUGACGCUAGAAUUUUUAAUCGCAAUCCAUCCUUGUUUAAUACUGGGCCAAUUUCGGGUUCAACUUUUUCAUCGCCCGUUUUGGGACAGUGGCGGGAACGAGUUAUCCACGAGGCCAGUCAGUUUGUGGUCAUGUGUAGAGACCUGAAUAUCGUGCCUGAUGUCUGGUCGCUGUACGAGUGGUGCAACUGGCUCACACCUGUAAUUAACCCGGUUCACCUGUCCAAACACAGACGGCGGUUUGACACGGCUUUCUUCGCGUGUUGUAUCUCUGGUAGCUCACACGCUGUUGAGGAUCAAAGAGAAACUGUUUACUCUCUGUGGUCGUCUCCCGAGCUGAUCGUAGAGUCCUGGCGUGAAAACCACGUUGGACUGGCAGGACCCCAGCUGUACGAGCUGUCUCGAUUACUCAACUUUGAGAACGCACACGCUCUGCACAACUUCCUGUUUGAGAUCUCCACACACAGGGCAGAGCGAUGGAUGGGCGUCUUCUGUGUCUGUAAAGAUGCUCUGCUUGAACUGCUACCAGGAGAUAGCCUUUAUCCUGAAAACGUGAACUGUAACAAGGAUAGUGCUAUUUUUCGAGACGAAACACAUGAUGAAUUAAAGACGAUGUUUCCAAAGAGAAAUAGAGUGGUGUACAGUCGGAAGCCAAAACAGGGACGUCUGCUCGGCGUUGACUGCAACGUGCAGCUACAUAAUCACGUGACCCCUCGAAAUAUAAUACGUAAUCAGUCGGAACCGUCCGUGGAAUAGGAGUUGAUGAAAUAAAAUAUUCAUCAUAAA